AUGGAGUCACUUUCGGCGAUUGUGUUGCUUAUCGUAAGCUGCCUAUUUCUUGGGGGCAUUCCUGCCGUUCCGUUUGAACCUCAACCCAGCAGUUCGGUGGAAUACUGGACCAACGAUGCCCAGCAAACCAUCAACAAUAUCCUGCAGCAACGAGAGAACCGAAACAUCGCCAAGAACAUCAUUCUCUUCAUGGGCGACGGAAUGUCCGUUUCGACCGUAGCAAUGGCUCGCGUGUACGCUGGCGGCGAAUCUACCAAACUAUCCUUCGAGAGCUUCCCCUUCAUCGGUAUGUCCAAGACGUACUGCGUGAACAAGCAGGUGCCGGACUCGGCAUGCUCGGGAACGGCCUACCUGACCGGAGUGAAGGGCAACUACGAAACGAUUGGAGUUAACGCAAAAAUUCCCAGCUACGAUUGUACGGCCGAGUUGGAUGAAUCGACGCAUACCUACUCCAUUGCACAGUGGGCGAUUGAUGCCGGGAAGGACGCCGGAUUGGUCACUACUACGAGAGUGACUCACGCAUCGCCCGCAUCUGUCUAUGCUCACACUUCCAACCGAGAUCGCGAGAACGAUAACGAAGUGAAAAAAGACGGGUGUGAUCCGGAGAUUACCAAGGACAUUGCCAUGCAGCUGAUUUACGGAAAGACCGGUCAGGGAUUGAAGGUUGUUUUGGGUGGAGGAAGGCGUGAGUUCCUGCACAAGCACCCGGAUCCGGAGACGGGCAGCAAUGGUAAGAGGAAGGACAGUAGGAAUUUGAUUGAAGAGUGGUUAAACCUGGCCGAAACCGGUGAGAAUAGAACUUAUGUGUGGAACCGAGAUGAUUUGCUUGGAGUUGACCCAGCGAAAACCGAUAGGUUACUCGGUAUGUUCGAGCCCGGCCAUUGUGUUUACAACUUGGAACGAAUUCAGGAGGGCUUGGAUCAGGAACCAACUUUAGCUGAAAUGGUGGACAAGGCAACGGAUGUGUUGAGGAAGAGCGACAAUGGAUUCUUCUUGUUCGUUGAGGGAGGCCGCAUUGAUCAUGCUCAUCACCGAAACUGGGCUAGACUGUCGUUGGAUGAGACUGUGGAGUUCUCAAAAGCGGUUGAACUGGCACGAAGCAAGUUCAGCGAAGAAGACACGUUGAUUAUAGUUACAUCGGAUCAUUCGCAUGCUGUGACUUACUCGGGCUAUUCGGCAAGAGGCAGCGAUAUUCUAGGGGCUCACAACGAAGGCAACGACGGUCUGCCAUAUAAAACCGUAAACUAUGCAAAUGGUUUGGGCUUUUACGAUCACGUCAGUCCUUCCGAAGGGGGCAGAGUGAACGUUGAACAGCUGGAUACUCUGUGGAGGGAGUUCCGCCAUCCGGCAACUUUGCCACUUGAGUCGGAAACACACGGUGGAGAGGAUGUGGCUGUGUACGCAUCCGGUCCAUGGUCGCAUUUGUUCAAGGGAACCUAUGAACAGAAUGCGAUUCCGCACAUGUUGGCCUAUGCUUCGUGUAUUGGUGAUGGAUUAAAGGCGUGUUCGUAGGAAUGUUUGAUGUGUUCGUUUGACUCAAUCUUUCAAACUGCCACUCAAAUGUGUCAAAUAUUAAUAAUAAAUUGUUCAAUCUCGUUUACCAAGUAUUUGUAGGAUUUUUAA